UGAAAAAUGAUUGAAAAUUUUUUCCAUCAAAAUAUCUAUUUUGAACCCGUCUCGUACAAGUCCACGAACAAUUUAUCGCUCGAGUUGACACUCCCCUAUUCCAGAAUUCUACUGAGAAACGCCAUUGACGAUAGCAAUUCCCAUCUACAUUCCCAGGAAUUGAAGAAAAGGAAGAAAUAUGGGGAUACAGAAGAUUGAGACAGGUCACCAGGACACAAUCCAUGAUUUCCAAAUGGACUACUAUGGAAAACGAAUAGCCACUGCAUCGUCUGACCAUACAAUUAAGAUUAUUGGGGUGAGCAACAACUCCCACCAGCAUCUUGCUACACUGAGUGGUCAUCAAGGCCCUGUUUGGCAGGUUGCUUGGGCACAUCCUAAAUUUGGGUCGAUCCUUGCUUCUUGUUCCUAUGAUGGAAAGGUUGUUAUAUGGAAAGAAGGUAAUCAGAAUGAGUGGGCACAAGCAAAUAUUUUUGAUGAUCACAAAUCUUCGGUCAAUUCAAUUGCUUGGGCGCCACAUGAGGUUGGCCUUUGUCUUGCUAGUGGAUCAUCAGAUGGAAAUAUCAUGGUUUAUACUAUGAGGUCUGAUGGUGGAUGGGAUUCGAUAACGAUAGAUCAAGCCCACCCGGUUGGGGUAACCUCCGUUUCUUGGGCACCUGCCACUGCUCCUGGUGCUCUUGUAGCUGCUGGUGUACAGGAUCCUGUUCAGAGGCUUUGCUCAGGGGGUUGUGACAACACGGUGAAGAUUUGGAAACCCAAUAAUGGGUCAUGGAGGAUGGAUUGCUUCCCAGCUCUCCAAAUGCAUACUGAUUGGGUUCGAGAUGUUGCUUGGGCACCAAAUUUGGGGCUCCCAAAAUCAACCAUUGCAAGUGCUUCACAAGACGGCAAGGUGAUCAUUUGGACCGUUGCAAGGGAAGGUGAUCAGUGGGAAGGCAAGGUGUUGAAUGAUUUUAAAACCCCAGUUUGGAGGGUAUCGUGGUCCUUAACAGGCAACAUUUUGGCUGUUGCAGAUGGUAAUAACAAUGUGACAUUGUGGACUGAAGCUGUUGAUGGAGAUUGGCAAAUGGUAACUACAGUUGAUUCUUGAGAUGAAACUACUAUAUUUGGAACCUUUUCUUGGUAUGUUCAGAGUAUUUUCUGUUGCUCUUGGCUAUUUGAGAUUAUCAUUGGUUUACAUGAUAGUAUUGUUGGAUUUUGUUCACAUUUAGUAAUUCCCAUUUUACAAACCUGGAAUCUGUUGUGUACUUUGUUACUCAAUUUUUUUUUCUAGUGCUCAUUUAGUCAUUUCUUAGACGGUCUUCCAUAUUGAUUAUAACAUGAUCAAAUGGCCUAGAAAAGAUGUGCUUCAAAUCAGUUUUCAGUCUAUUGAAGACAUUAUCAACCAUUUCAGAAGGUUAAUUUUGAUGAAAUAUAUUCUCCUUUGAA